AUGGAUAUGCUGUAUAGUAACCCCGCUUCCUUUACCCAAAAAGGUGGCGAGGUAGUCAUUAGUAUUCUACUCAUGAUAUUCGCCAUUGGGACACAAUAUGCGCAUCUCGAGUCGUCCUUUCGUCAUUCGGCUCAGGCCACUGAUUCCAACUUUGCAGAAGAAGAUAUCGGUACAACUUUCUAUCAGCAAGCAAUUCGAUUAUUGCCUGAAAUUAUUGAAUUAUCUUCACUUGAGAGUGUUCAGGCUUGCUUACUUUUGGGUUACUAUGCGCUUCCAAUUGAUGCAUCGGGCUUGGGAUACAUUUAUAUCAAUCUUGGUGUUCGACUUGCAAUGCAGAAUGGUAUGCAUAGAAAAUGCAAGAAUAGCGCGUUCAGCCCGACAAUGAUCGAGACUCGCAACCGUGUUUGGUGGACUGUAUAUUCACUUGAAAGGAAAAUAUCCAUUUUUCAUGGUCGGCCCCUUUCGGUCCUUCGAGCUGAUGUCGAUGCUACGAUACCCCUUCAUCAACCGAGCCUAGACCUGGGCGAGUCUUAUGAAAGUGUCGCACGCGCGAAAGCAUCUAUUCAACUUAUUAACUAUUUAGAAGAUCUUUUUAUUGAAGUAAAUGCCCUUCGGAGUGGUCAAAAGCAGCAAAUACCAAAGGUUAUCAAAAGCCUGCUGGCCCGUAAAAUGGCUCUCAAGACAUGGUGGAAUUCACUGCCAGAGGAUAUACUCAGCGACAGGAUACAAGACGAAGUUCACCAUGAUGGCCGGUCAACAUUGCAUCUGAAACUGGAAUAUUGCCUGGUGAGAAUGUUUAUUGGCCGGCCAUUCUUGCUGAAAAGGGAAACGUCAAACUCGAUCGGGGUUUCGCCCACAGACUCAGACAUGAGUAUCCCAGAUAAUCACCCAGGCAAAGAAAUUAGGAAAGAGAAUUAUGUCACAGGUCGCCAAAGCUUGGUAGACGAUUGCAUAGAAGCCGCAACAGAGGCUUUACAGAUUUGUCAGGACUUGAGGGACAACAGGGCGGGGCUUGCCCGAGCUUCCUAUAUUGAAUAUAGCUCCUGUAGAGCUUCAUUGCUCGUGCUGAUCGCCUACUCGAUCCAAAAUUUCUCCGAGCAAUUCCGCAAGCUGCUUUACAAUGGCCUUGACAUGAUCAGAGAAAUGUCCGCCGCGGGAGAAUCAGCGCGCUCCGAGGUGUCGCUGAUCGAAAUGCUAGAGCGUGCACUUGCUCGACUACACACUGGCUCACAUAGUUCACAACACAGCGGAAGCCAUUUACAACCGGAAGCGAGCGUUUCAGAUUACGAAGCAUUCAAACACUGGGGAGCGAAGAUACGAGGAACUCCAGCCAUAGAAUCGCCUGGGACGACAACGGACGGUAUGGCCGGCCAAAGGAGACCAACUUUGCCGUCGGAAAUAUUUAACACAGAGGAACAAGUGGCAGGAACUGAUUAUGUAGGUAUGGAGCCGGCACUGGGGAGAGACUUCGAUGCCGGCAUGCUCGGCGCUUUUGAUUCCGUGCUCGAGAUGUCUAUAUUUGGUCCUGAGAACCCCUCUCCAUCAGCAGCCUGGCCGACUUGGACUGAGGCUGAGGUUCUUGAACAGUUUCUAACCAAUCCAGAAUUCGAUGGAAGUCCGGAAUUGAUGCAUACAUAG